CAGGGACACGUAAACCUGGAUAUGGAAACGAGAAGAAUGGGUGACACGCCAUAAAACUAAGCAACCGCGAAAAGCAGCAAGUGACGCCUGGAACUUGUUGAGAGAAAAAGGAGGUCACGUACAGAAGAGACGAGAGAAAAGGAAUUCCAGAUCUCCUUCUUCCUCCGUCUUUUCUCUCGCUCCAUCAGUCUCAUUUCACAAGUUCCAGGGGUUAUUACCUUUCGAGUAAUGUAUGAUCUGUUUCUCAUUUGCGUUUAAUCCAAGGAACACGCAUUUGGAUCCAACUGGUGUUUUCUUCUGCCGAAUCUACAAGAAGCUUGUGUUCUGUCACUUAUGUUCUGGUAGGCUACCUACCUGUUACCUGUUGCACCGACAAAAAUGUUAGGUCCUGAAGGAGAAUGGACUCUUGGUGAAACUAAACAAGGAAGACUUCUUUCUGAGUACUACAAUGACGAGAGAAGGAAGUCAAAGAUCAGUGCUUUGAGAAAUAAAGCAAUGAACGUUUCAAAUAAAUUUACUCAUUCUCUCAAGAAGAAAGGGAAGAGAAAACUUGAGUCCCGGGUUCCACCAGUUUCCAUUGACGGCAUUUGUGACACAAAGGAGGAAGUUGCUGUAGAAGAAUUUCGUCUAAAGCUCCGUGAAAGGAACUUGUUACCCUUUAGACAUGAUGACUAUUACAUGCUAUUGAGAUUCUUAAGAGCAAGAGAUUUUGAUAUUGAGAAAACGAUCCAGAUGUGGGACGAAAUGCUUAAAUGGAGGUUGGAGUAUGGAGCAGACACCAUACUAGAGGACUUUGAUUUUGAAGAAUUAGAAAAGGUGUUGCAAUAUUAUUCUCAAGGAUACCACGGGGUUGACAAGGAAGGCAGGCCUGUUUAUAUUCAGCGGCUUGGACAAGCUCAUCCCCAAAAUCUCAUGAAUAUUACCACAAUUGAUCGCUACUUAAGAUACCAUGUUCAAGAGUUUGAGAGGGCUUUUCAUGAGAGAUUUCCUGCAUGUUCUGUUGCAGCAAGGAGACGCAUCUGCUCCACCACAACUAUUUUGGACGUGCAAGGGUUGGGCAUUAAGAAUUUCACAAGGGAAGAAACAAAUCUCCUUGCAUCUAUGUCAAAGAUAGAUAACAGUUAUUACCCUGAGACGCUGCAUAGGAUGUAUAUCGUCAAUGCUGGUCCUAGCUUCAAGAAAAUUCUUUGGCCUGCUGCACAGAAAUUCCUUGAUUCCAAGACCAUAGCGAAAAUACAGGUGCUGGAGCCCAAGUCCUUGUCCAAGUUACUUGAAACAAUAGAUUCAAGUCAAUUGCCGGAUUUUUUGGAAGGAUCAUGUACAUGUUCAGCUGAGGGUGGCUGCCUUCGAUCUAACAAGGGUCCUUGGAAAGAUCCUGAAAUCAUGAAGCUUGUACAUGAUGUAGAAGGGAAGUUUUCAAAGCAGAUAACCAGAACUUCUAAUGAAUGUGGGAAAACUGAUUUAUAUAUUUAUAUACACCCUCCUAAGGGAGGAAUUGUUGACACAUCAAACACAGAAUCUGGUUCAGAUAUUGAUGAUUCCUGUACUUCAACUAGGGAGUGUAGCUUCAGAUUUCCACACCUGGCACCUCUUCAUGAAGAAGCAAUUGUACCAGAAACUACUACUUAUUAUAGCUGUGAUGAUGAGUUUGUCCCAGCCGGUGAAGCUCUUGAUCCCGAGGUUGGAAUUGCAGAGGAUCAUAGUCACUCACUUAAAUCCAUCAGUCUAAUACACCCAUCUGGUACUUUGUUACCACCGAUCAGAUGGCUUGAGGUUGUCCAUGAAAAAGUUAACAAAUGGGAUUUGCUGUGUAUUAUUGUGAAGGCAAUGAUGUCAACAAUGGCCAAAUUGAUGGUUUUUAAAUCAUUGAGAAGGCAUAAGAGUAUUUAUCCAUCCAAUUCAGUGAAAGAAACAAUGGUCCCGUUGCCACCGUCGCCGCCACCACCACACAGUACUGAAGUAGUCUUGCAAGAUGAUGUAGUUUCAUUUGUACAUCGUCUUCAGAGACUUGAAAGCUUGUUGAAAGAAGUUGAUAACAAGCCAGUUGAAAUUCCUUUUGAGAAGGAUCAAAUGCUUCUUCAAUCUUUGGAAAGGAUAAAAUAUCUAGAGCUUGACCUGGAGAAAACAAAAGGGGUACUUCAUUCUGCUGUGGUUAAACAACUUGAGAUUGCCCAAUUUAUUGGAGGUUUGCAACAAUCAAGAUGUCGUCAAAGGAGGUUUUUCUGCUGAAGGAUGCAUAUGAAAGAAGUGGAGUAAAGGCAUAAAAUGGAUGGGGAAGGAAGAUAUAGUAUAAUAAUAAUAGCUGAAAGAAUAGGCAUAACUAAAUUUCAGUUGAGAGUUAAUAUGCUGCCACUAAAUAAUAAUAAUAAUGUAAGGCUUCUGGUAAUGUGAUGUUUUAUUCUAGUCUGGAUUAGCCUAGAAACUGCUAUAGAUAUGAACAAAGGUUUGACAAAGAAAAAGAGGAAAUGGUAAGAAGCAUACUUAUUGUUGCUGG